AUGAAACACGGUAUGCAGUUUACGCUCUUGUUUAUCAUUGUGUGCUUUAGUGGUUGUAUUUUUCAGCGUGUUUCAUCUCAGACAUUAUCAACUGAUGAGUCACACAGCACAACACCUAUUUGUAAUACUCCAGUAUCUGGAAUCGUUUGUAGUACUGGUACAGAUGGAUCAAUCCACAUAUCACAAAUUGAUGUAUUGAUUGCACCUUCAUCGAUGGUUGAUUCAGGAUUUCCUUCAGCAUCAUUGACAGAGUUUGAAUUCCCACAACUUACAGUCAUGUCAAUCAGAAUGCAAGGUGUCACCAAAUCAGCAUCCCUGUGUAUUCUAGACAGAAUGAAGACCUUAUUUCAACUUCGAAGAUUAACUCUAGAUCUAGAUCCAACUGUUAUUACAGUACCCACUGAUUUCAUGGUUGACAAACCACAAUUGAACAUAGUGACUCUAAACACACCAAAUCUAGUCAAUGCAACUAGUAUACUAAAAUCACCCCAAAUGGUGUCCAUUGAAAUCUACUCCAAUACUAUGACUGAUUUAAUGAUUGACAGUUCCUAUUAUAGUCCAAAUCUCAGGACUCUUAGACUUAAAGUUAAUUGCAGCAUCCCUCUUCAUUGGGAGAUUAUGCAAUCCUCUUUUCCAGCUCUUUAUAUAUUCUAUUUAAGUGCAGAUAUUUGUACGAGUAAAAUCAUUGUUGAUGUAUAUGCAAAAGUAGCAUAUCUCUCAUCAACUUUACCACUACAAGUAACAGGCGAUAUUAGAAUACAAAUCCAUAGUCCUGAAUCGGUCGUUCAAUUGGUUGAUUCUGGCAAUUUUAUUCAACCAAUUGCAGACUUUACUCCUUUUAAAAAACUUACAACAUUGUAUAUCUUAUAUUUAUUCAAACAUAACAUCAUACCCUAUUACUACCUUUCCCACAACUUUGACACAAUUGUAAGUCGUAGUAUUAGUAGUAGUAGUUUACUAUUUAAAGAGAAGACUUUGGUUCCAACAUGUUCUUUAAUAUUUAACCAACCAAAUAUUUCCACUCCCAAAUGGGCUACCAAAAUUUCAACCUUUCCAAGCAUUCCCGUUCCAGCUACACUAACAAUGUUGGAUAUCUCAAAUAAUCUAAUUACAGGACAACCACCUAGCUAUCUCUUGGACUUGAACCCAUCAAAACUAACCCUGUUAAUUUCAACAAACAUUGGAAUAGUUGGAACGAUUCCACAGAGUUAUUGCUCAUUAAACUAUUUAAAUAUUCAAGGGACAUCGAUUACAUCUAUUCCCGACUGUUUUUGGUGUUACCCUGAUUCAGUAUUAGCUACCGAUCUUUCAAGACCACCUAAUGUACAAUGUGAUAUUCGAUUUGAUAGCUUUACUGUGGUCUCAUUACACUCAUUCUAUAAUAUUACGGGUUCUAAUCUAGGUUGGGGCAUUAAUCUACCUAAUAUUCAAAAUGAAUUUGUUAUACCAAACAAACAACUAUCGUUUGUUCUUGAUCUUAAUAAUGGAAUGAACCAAAAUAUAACGCUUACAUUACAAUCUCAAAACUACACAUUCCUCGUCAAAGAAGCAAGUGUAUUUCUCUAUAGUAUCAAGGUGAUCAGUCAGAGUGUUUAUUCAGUGGAAUUGAAUGCCACAUUUUCCCGUUUAAAUACUCUCCCAGACAUGAUGCCAAAAUUGUUUGUUGGCUCGGUUCCAUGCAUCAUAUUACAAGUCUAUACAGAUAAGAAUGUAAGAUGUGCUACUGUUGAUUCCAUUGCAAAUGAACGGAAUAAUCUUUGGGCCAACAAUUCAUAUUCAUCUUCUGUCGUUUCAUUCAAAAGAGAUACUUUGGUUACGUCAGUCACGAUUGAACCACAAACAUACCCCCCAACCAAUUUAAUUGUACAGGGAUAUUUUGGAAGUUCAUACUCCCAAUCAAGCUUUGUGGCUGUAAGAGUUGGUGACGGCAAUCCUUAUUUCUAUUGCAAUAUCACCUCUUUUAAUAGUACCGUGAUUGAAUGUAAAUUUGAGAAAAUACCACCAUCUGGCCAAGCAUAUUUCGUGAUCAACAUACCCAAUGGAUUCUUUGGGUCAGAUUCACUCGUCUCUCUUCCAUUCCCACCAACACCAAACGAUGAUUGUGAAAGUAAAACUAAAAAUUGUUAUGGUCAUGGCAAAUGUGUUAAUGGUCAAUGUGUUUGUGAUCCAGGUUAUUAUGAUGAUUGUAGAUUACAAACUGAUCCAAAUAUUAUUGUAGAGUCAAAUAAAACAGAUCCAACCUUUUCAUACAAGGAUUAUUCAUUUUCAUUUAGAAUGGUUGCAAUUCAAGAAUUGGAUGUUGAUGAUACUAUUUUAUACCAUUUAGAGACAACUAAAUGGAACUCUAGUGAACAAUCAUAUCAAGAUCACUCGGCUAUUACCUAUCAAUUGGUAUCACACCACAACCAAUCCAGCAGCAGCAGCGAUACUGUCAACUUUUUAAAUACCAAUGUUACAUCGAUUUUUGAAUUCUCAAAUCAAUCGAGAACCGUUCAAUUUGGAGGUGACAAUAUUCAAUUGGCAAGUGGAUCCAUCAAGAUUUCAGUCAAUAUAACCAAUUGGCCGUUCCAGUCGGUACUAUCCAGCCUUCGUGUAUUAUUCUCAACAGUAAUCAACACCAAUCAAUUUAUUGUAGGCUGUGAUGACACUAUGAACGAGGUAGAGGCAUUCCAAAGGUUUUCCGAUGGUGGAUCCAUUCAAUACCUCAGAGUCGUUAAAAACAAUACACAGUUUUUUGGUAGAUUCCUCGAAUAUAGUGUCUCUGAUGGCAGAAAAACAUUUAGUAAGACAGAGCUAUUAAAUGUAACCAAAAAAGAUGACAUUGACUCGGUUGCCAUCAUUGGCAUUGGUCUACCACAAUCUCGACAGGCUAUACUCGAUCCUGAUUUCAGUGCACUCAUAGUCAACAACCAGUUAUAUGGAGAGUGUGGCGAAUCCAACAAUGAUCAUUGGAAACUUAUUGUUGGUGUGGUGGUUGGUGUAGUUGGUGGAGUAUGUCUAGCAACGAUUAUUUACUUUUUUGUUAAAAGUAAUCGAUUCUAUUUCAUUCGAAAAGGAAAUAAGGAAAUAUCAAUGAAACAAAGACAUACUGAAUCAUAA